AUGUCCACCUUCAGCUCCCUCGCCGAGUUCACACCUACGAAGGCCUCCUCCGCCUACUCGGCCAGCCGACAAUACACGCCAAAUCCGAAUCUAAGGCAUAUCUCUUCUUCGUCGGUAUUGCCUUCAGACUCAGGCGCGUCCACGCCGGACUACAAGCGUCGGGCAAGGCGGAUGGCGGAGAAGGGAUUGAUCAAGGAGGGAGAGAGGGAUUGGGGGAAUGUGGAGCCGGACGAGGUGUUUAGGAAGCUGCCGGUGUUGGAGGUCAGAAGGGUGGAAGGGAAGAUGAGGCAGGAGGCUCUGGAUAAGCAGUCAGAGCUGAGGGCUAUGGUCGGAACACGGUAUCGAGACCUCCUCACCUCCGCUACCCAAAUAUCUACCCUCCGGACCGCCUCCCUCCACCUCUCAGACUCCCUCCGGACAGUAGCCAACACCUGCUCCAACGCGGACGAUAUCGCCAUCACAGCUGAGAACUCUACUCAAGUCUCCGACACAGAGGACGUCAUGACCCUCCUCCCGGUCGCGGCGCACAUGAAACUCCUCCUAGACGCGCCGGAAGCGCUGUAUGCGUACCUUGCGGAAGGGGAGGUGUUGCGCGCGGGGUGGUUGUGGCUCGUGGCGAGGGUGGUCAAGGAAGGAUUGGCGGGUAUGGGAGAAGCGAGCGAGGUGUAUCAACCGCUAUUGGCCAAGCAAUGGGAGGUGCUUGUCCCGUUCAGAGCGCAGAUCGUACAGCGGGCAUCAGAGAAGCUCAGGUCCAAGGACAAAAUAGAGACCAGGACUCUAGCGGAAACUCUUUUGACAAUAGUGCUGCUCGACAAUCUCCCCGUCCCCGAGGCGCUAUCUCUACUGCUCAGCCAGCGAUCCCUAGCUCUUCGAGACCUACUCGCCCAUCCUACCGCCUCGGCACCCGCUCCCGGCCCGUCAUCGCGGACAGGCAAAUCGGUUGAACCUAGCCUACCGCCAGCCGGUCCGUCCAUCGGUGACGUCCUCGGCUCAGCCGUCCAGUGCCUCUUAAGCACCUCCGAAGCUGCCCACCAAGUCUUCGCGAAACAGUCCGACCGCUCCGAGAGCCUUCUGGAAGAGCUUAUCCGGCUCGUCCAAAAAGGCGACAUCAACCCCCCAACCAUCACUCAGCACACCCCACUCCGGCGCUCAUCCUCCUCUACACAUACUAGGCGAGCGUCACGCCUGGUUUCGAUCUCAUUACCUUUCAACGACCCCUCGUCCCCCUCUACCUCCGAUGUACCUCCCAUUACUACCAUCCGAAUCCUUCGGUCCCUCCCUUCCUCUCAGAUCCUGCUUCGGCACCUCCCGGCAUCGAUAACGGGCUUCACUCCGUUCAUCACACCGCCUCAAUCCCCGGACCUUGAUACUCAGCUGGAGAAGUGGCAGAGUGACGGACUGGGGAUAUUGGGCGGAGCGGCGCCUGCUUGGUUGGCGGAUUUGAGCUCCGCUCAGGCUGUAUGGGCUGUAAGAGGGAGUUUGGUCCGGGCGGUAGGCGAGGGGGAGUUUGAGGGGAGAAUAGGGAAAGCGUUGGAGGAUGAGUGGGGAGCGAGGACGAGGGGGAUCUGGAUAGCGGGGUUUUCGGACCUGGUGCAUACCACAGAACGGGAAGUAGGAAGGGCUGUCGAGGAGAUCCAAUCCAAGGGGAACGAGAGCGAUAUCAAUCCCGAGAAAUACGUCUUCUCAGCAAUGACAUUCCCCUCGGUCGCCUCUGCAACACUCAACAUUCCCAACCCCGUCUCGUUCCCGACCUUCAUGGCUGGCGUGAAGAAGCGGAACGUCUACCGCACGCCGCUUCUCGAUCGGGUGUUGAGCGUGCUGGAGGAUCAAGCGAGGGCUUUACAGUCAGACGUGAGGGGUCUGCCGGAGGGGUUGGUAGGGGUGUACACCGAGUUGGUGGCGGAUGCGCUGGAGCGGAUUGUGGCGGUGCUUCGUGCCUCUCUUGACGGACUGAGAGAAAUGGAGGACGGAGGGGAGAAGCGGGUAUAUGCGGAGUUGUUGGUUGGGCGGGUAGCGCUGUUCUUGGCGAGACAAUCCACGUUCCUCGAGGAUCUUUCCGGUCGUCCCAAAACAUCAUCAGGUGAGCUGCGUUGCGCGGGAUUGUUGCUCAACCAAGCUGACCUACCAGACCCGAUCCUGACGUCCCUCAUCUCUCUCCACGCAGACUCCACCUCCUCCUGGCGCACCACAAGCAUCACCACCGCCCUCACACACCUCACUCCCCUCUUCAGUCCCCUGCGCGGCCCACGCGAAGUUCUCGCAUCAUGGCAAGGCCCCCAUCCAAUCUCCCCAUCCGCUUCCGUGGUCGUUACACUCAACUCACUCGUCAAGGCCAUUCGACACCUCGGAAUUCCACCUUCUCCACCUUCGCCCGAUGGGAAAGGGGAGGAGCAGCAACAGGUGGUCAGGCAGCUUGUGGAGGGGUUCGUGGACUCUGCGCUGGAGUUAGAAGGGUGGGCGGAGAUGAAGGAUGAGAGCUGCGUGCAGGCUGUAGUCGAUCUGGGGUUCUUGUGUUUGGUCAGAGGCGGAAAGGUGGCGGAUGAUGCGGCGGUACAAGGGAUGUUGAACAGGAAGCUCACACCGCAGAUACCCGAAUCAUACCAAACUACCCUCCCUCCGCUCCUCUCACCUAUCCUCGCUGAAUCUCUCCGGCGCGUCCAACUCAUCCUCCACCCAAUACUCACUCAUCUUCCGCCGACUUUGACUCCCUCGCUUGACCUAUCCGCGACUUCUGCACCCGCCAAAACGCGCGGACCGGCCGAUACGCCGGGGACGACAGAGUUCAGAAGUCCGAUCGCGGUCGCCAAGCCUGGGAAACGGUUUGGGCUAGUCAGUAUCGCGUCGUGA